AUGACGUUGGGGUUGGGCACCGCUUGUUGCACCGCCCAGGACGGUUUGCGGAAGAAGGUUUUCCACUGUGCAAAAUGCGGACUCUGCCGUGUUGGUGGACGUGAAAACUACUUCCAUUGCGAUGCCUGCGGCUCCUGUUAUCCGUCGGAGAUCAAGGAUUCCCACAUUUGCGUGGAGAACGCAAUGCGGCGCAACUGCCCCGUGUGCUUGCAGGACCUUUUCCAGUCCACAACGCAGGUGACGAUCUUGCAGUGCGGACACACCAUCCAUCAGGAUUGCCUCCGGGAGCUUCAGAACUCCUUUGCAGGAUUGCAGUCGCUGCGCUGUCCGAUUUGCAGCGUGAGCCUCUAUGGCUAUGACGAGCUUUGGCAUGAAAUGGAUCGUCAAAUUGAAGAGACUCCCAUGCCCUUGGAGUGCAGGCAGCUGACGAGCAUUAUCUGCAACGACUGUCAGCGCUCAUCAUCAGUGGAGUACCACAUCCUGGGGCAGAAGUGCCCCACAUGCAGGUCCUACAACACCCGAAGAGUUUGA